GCGGGGAGCGUUGGGCUUUCGAUCCGAGAGUCCUGGGUUCGAGUCCCCGUUCGGGGCGACGGCGCUGCUCCUCGCCGCUCCCCUUCGCCGGCAGCGGAGCCGGGCUACGGCGGCCUCGGGCGGAUGGCGGGGCCGGAGCUCGGGCUGCUCUUCCAGCGGCGCUUCCUGGCGGCGCGGCAGCUCCGCGGCAUGCCCUGGGCGGAACUGGAGCAGCAGCUGACGGCCGCCCCGCAGCGCCUCCGGUCCUCCCUGCUCUCGGACAUCCUGCACCAGACCGUCCUCCAUCCGCUGUGUGCGCGGUUUCCCCCGCCCGCCUCCUACAGACGCUGCUUCCUCACCGAGCUCAUUAAGAAGCACGAAUCCACGGCGGCCGAUCCCCUGGAUGAGCUGUACGAUGCAUUGGCACCUGUCUUAAACGAGGAAGAAUCCACUCGCUGCUACAAAAGCUACUUACUGCCUUCAGGAGAACCUGUGACCCUUUCUGAGAGUGUGGCCAUUAUCUCUCAGGGAACCACAGGGCUCGUCACGUGGGAUGCUGCUCUGCACCUCGCUGAGUGGGCAACGGAGAACCCCAAGGUUUUCACUAACAGGACAGUCCUGGAAUUAGGAAGUGGAGUCGGCUUCACUGGACUUGUGAUCUGCAAAACCUGCAAUCCCAAGACAUACAUAUUCAGUGAUUACCACCACUGUGUUCUCAAACAGCUGACAGAAAACAUCCUUUUGAAUGGCUUUACUCUGGAAUCUGAAACUACGAAUCCAGCCCAAGGGCAGGAGGCAGAAGGGCAGGAAUACCAACAGCCCAAACUCAUUGUUGCAGAGCUCGACUGGGGUUCAGUUACAGAAAAGCAACUGCUGGCUCUGCAAGCAGAUGUCAUCAUUGCAGCAGAUGUAGUAUAUGAUCCAGAGGUAACCUUAUCCCUUAUUGGUAUGCUACAGAAGUUCUCCACUUUAAGAGCAGAUAGAAAACCUGAGAUCUAUAUUGCUUUGACAGUCCGUAACGCAGACACUUACCACAUGUUCCAGGCUGAACUUGAUAAAGCUGGGAUCAGAUGGCAGAUUAUUCCAGCCCACAGCAAUAGUAUUUUUCUCCAUGAUACACAGCCCAACGUGACUAUCCUGCAACUAUUCAUAUAGAUUUGGUAAAUACAACGCAGGAUUUCAGAGGAGCAGGAACUAUCUUAUCCUUGCUACAAGACUGUCUUAAAUUCUAGAAACACACUGGGAGGCAUGCACCAAGAACACCCUUCUGCAUGUACCACAUACUCACGAGCUGUUGUCAAGAUGAGUUAUGUUUCUUCCUGCAGUUGCCAGCAUGCGUGCAAGCGAGCAGCUGCUCCUUAUAAGCAUCUGUGCACCACAAGCUGUACAGAAAAACGCCCUAAUUGUGAUGCACUUUGAUUCUGUAGAACUGAAUUCAAUUAUUUAAAUGCAGUUUUGAUUUGUAAACAACACAGACUCGCCCUGUGCUCCUGCAGGUGUGCAUCUCAUACUGACAAGGGAGUAGAACAGUGUUUUAUAAUAAACGUUUUUAAUACUAAAACCAGCUGUAAUUGAUGUCAGCUCUUUUUGUAUGCUUGCAUAUUUGCAAAAUUGCAAUGUGUGUCAUCCCAGAACAACAUGAGUAAUGCCUACAGAAUAUGCAGUGUCACAGGAUUAUUUGAUGCUACAGGAACAUCUCUGCUCUGCAGUGCUGACAAAAAUCAGAACUUGAUUUGCAUUUCUCUCACACAUGGACUGUUACUUGUGCAAGAUGAAGAACUUAGCUUACCUGCUUUGAAACUUCACAUAAUCCAUUAGCCAGUUUGCCAUUGGCCAGUAUUAGCCCUGAAGCAGAACUGAAUACAUUAUUUUCUCCUCCAUUAAUUUGCAUUUCUAGAUGUUGUCUUAGAAGCUACUUUAAGAAAAUGAAGAAAUAAUUCACUUCCUCCUUCUGUAGUAAUUGAGAGAAGGCAAAUGACAGGUAAUUGAAGAAACAUUCAAGCUGAAGAAGCCCACGACUGCUGGCAUGAAGCUGGAUAUACAGAAGUAACCUGACCAGACUUUAUUUUAGCUGCUUCUCCCUGACAAGGAAGAAUUGCAGUUAAUGCGCACUAGAAGCCAAGCAGCAGUUUCUUUUAUCUUCCCUGCUACAAAAGCCCUCGUGCCACUAAGUAGUUCUGUAUGGCUAGAUGGCUCAUAUUGGAUCCAACCAAAUUUAUUACAGGAAGACAAACCUCUCUAAAGCUUUCAUCAGCAUCACUAUGUACAAUAGAGAAAUGCUUAGUUUACUUCCAUGUGCAUCACUGGCUACAGGGGACUGCUGUAACACUGGAUAGGAAUUUGCUGGAAAACAGUAGAGAGAAACAAUCAGCAAAUAAAUCUCUAUGGAUCAUUUGAGCUAGUCAAACUGCCAGACCCCUACAGGAAACAACUUAUUGUCAUCUUCCCCCCAGUGGAACCAAAUCACUCUUUGCAAGUGUGUCUGCCAUGGUGGAAGAGAAAGGUCACAUUUGCAAAUGACUGCCUGGCUUGGCAAAAGCAGAUAUUAAAUGAUUACUCUGUAAGCUGGUUUAAAAACACUGCUGCAGAAUCCACUGCAACAACACACCACUGCUGAACUAAAGGCUCUUAAGAGAGCCAAGCAGGCAGCAACUCUAUGAUAAAACCAAACAUGUUUAUUCCUUAAAUGGCUACCUUCAUUUUUAUAAAGAUGGUUUUUAGAAAGCAUCCUGUAAGCACUGGGUCUGCAUAUGAAUGUUAACAAGGAGGGGAAAAAAAAGAUGAAGGCUACACCAGGGUGACUGCUCAGAAAGUGAAGUGCACUUUUAUUACAUCACUCAUACUUUAAUUUCAUCUUUUUUCCUUUUCUAUUGAAAUAAUACAUAAAAUGCAUUCCUUUCUUGAGGGAAAUUCAGUAUAUGAGCACAACAGUCACUGAAAGGUGUAUUUUCCUCUCAGUGUUGAAUAAAGCUGUCCCAUACCAGCAGCUGGGCUGCUGUACUCUUGCAUCCACUAUUAAAAAAAAAAAAAAAGAGGUAAAAACCUCUAAAAUUAAGUAGUUCUAUCUCAAUUUUAAAAAAAUACAAGAAGAUAUUCUGUACUUGGCUAGGGAAGAUUAGCUAGGGAAGACUAGCCAGGAAUGUUAACCACAGGAAAAAACAGAAAAAUACUGUACCAUCAUUUCAAACAAAAACUCAAAUUAAAUAGAAGUUUCCCACUUGCAGAAUAAAAUCACCCAGGAAUGCAUUUCUUGUACAGGAGGUAAAACUGGUGCAGGUUAUACACGUAUACCUUCAGCUACAAGAAGCCUUCAAGCAGCCCAAUUAAACAGACUUGACACAUGAGUUCCUCAACUAAACCUCCCAUGCUUUGGAGAUCCAUCCCAAGUAAUACAGGCAGGCAGAUGACAAGGAUCAGCCUCUUCAGCACAGGAACCUCACCCUC